CCCUGGUCCCUCCCUGGUCCCUCCCUUGUCCCUCCCUUGGCUACUUCCAGGAGUUGAGGACCCGUUGCCUCAUUCACCGCUGUUCUCCCUCUUCCAUUCCUUUCUAGGUGUUAAUAUGGGUGACCUCGUAGCACCUCCCCUCGAUUAACUUCCGUCUAACACUGCCGGACGCACUGCGUCUCGGCUUUCCUUGCAUUAUCCACGACUGCUCUGCUCUUUCACGACUGGAAAAGCGUGCUCGUUCACGCACUGCUCCCCUCUCCUAUUCAAUCUGCCUCGUCUUCGAAGACUAGGCCUUGCCCUUCGUCCUCUCUACUCCCGUAUGACCAUGGCGCAACCUGCACUCUCUGCCCCGAUCGACGAUGCCGGUCGCUUAAGCCCUGGCCUAGCCGCCACAAACACGGCAGCUGGACAGAAGAGGAAGAGAACCACUGAGCGCAAAUUCUACGCAGUGAGAGAAGGAAAGGAGCCUGGCAUCUACGACACAUGGCCUGAAUGCCUGAGUCAGGUGAAGGGCUUCAAGGGCGCAGUGUUCAAAGCUUUUCACAAUCUUCACGAGGCUCAAGCUUGGAUGGAAGGCAAACCGUUGACCGAGUCCAGACUGAAUCUAGCAGAUCAGAAAUUCUAUGCAGUUCAGAGUGGAAAAGUGCCGGGAGUAUACACGGACUGGACACAAGCCCAAGCCCAAAUACGCGGAUUCAGUAAACCCAAACACAAAAAGUUUAAUACAAGAGCAGAAGCAGAGGCGUUUGUUGCAGCCGGAAGAAGACCGAAGGGCCUCGAACCGGCACAGCAUCUUACACCUGAAGAGGAAAUCCGCAGACUGAUCGUCCGCAAUUCUGCGCCCGGCCUACAAACGAACGGCACGUAUGCCCCCACAGACAAAGAUGGGAAUCCUUACACCGCGGCGAGACGACCUCUUCCGCCUGGUGCAGAGGAUGGCUAUGAUCCGAAUGUCAAGCUUGCACCUGAUGGGACGAUUAUCGAUCGGACCGAAGAAGAGAAGGUGCGAACGAAGAUGAUGAUCAGAGAAAUGAAUCCUCCAGGUAUGCUACGGAUAUACACGGAUGGAUCGAGCUUGAAGAAUGGUCAAGCAGGAGCCAGGGCUGGAGUGGGAGUGUUUUUCGGACCACAAGAUCCCAAGUAUGAUAACUCCAAAUCCAAAUCCAAGCGUCCUAAGACUCAGCGCGUUUAUACCAUGGACUGGGCGGCGCGGCAGCAAAGUCCAGAAUCUCCAGACUCGACACAGCGACGGAAAGAAGACGAGUCCGAAGAAGAAAAAAAGCUAACGAAUUGGCGUUACAGAAAUGUCUCCGAGGCACUCAAGGGCAGUAAACAGACCAAUCAACGGGCCGAGUUGACUGCGAUUUUGCGAGCCUUGAAUAUUGCGCCAUUGCAUCGAGAGGUCACCAUCUACACGGAUAGCAAGUAUUCGAUUGAUUGUGUGACGAAUUGGUACAAGAAUUGGAGAAAGAACAACUGGACGAAUGCCAAAGGCAAACCGGUGGAAAACAAAGAUCUGGUUGUGGAGAUUCGAGAAAAGAUCGAGGAGAGAGAGCAGUUCGCCAAAGGAACGUACUUUGUCUGGGUCAAAGGGCAUAACGACAAUGCGGGUAAUGUUGCUGCUGAUCGGCUGGCCGUGGCAGGUGCAAUGAGUGGGAGGGGAGUCCCGGAUGAGGGCGAUGGUGAGGAUACGGCUCCUACGGACGUAGGUGACCAUAGAAAUGGUGACGACCAUGAUGACGAAGAUGAUGAGACCAAAGAAGCUUUUGGGGCUAUGAACCAGGCCAUGAAGGACCAUGGCGAGGACGAAGUCAAGUGAAAGGUCAGGAUAGACCAGCUUGCUAGGACUUGGACCUAUCGAAGCCAGCAUCAUUGGAGCAUUUGGGAGCUGGGCAUGUACGACUAAGGUGGUAUGAGAAUGCCGGAUACGCGGCUGGAAGCUGCUUUCGUGUCGGCCGGAUGAGCAGCUUCUUCGGCUUGAUGUGCAAAUACCUAGACGUUGCUCUACCCUUCAAACAGUCCGCUAUAUUGGGAUGACGACGUCUCUUUGGCUGCUGCCCAGAUCAUACUAGUCCCCCGUACUGAU